AUCUCUCAUCACUUUGACAAACAGCUCAAUGCUGUUGUUUUAUUGUACAAACAGAGUUACAAGUAAGCCAAGCACUUCACAAAGGAUGCGUUGUCAUCUCAGACAAACCAGUGUCCACUGAGUAGGUUAGUCUGUAGUUAUUUGAGUUUAGCUGCUUGUAAUGACGAUGUACACACACAGCUAACAUCAGAAAUGUAAACAUAAUACACUGAUUGUCUUUUAACUAAAACUAUAUAAAUGUUUGACUUUUCUAUUGUUAUCACCAAAGUGACACCAAAAAGUUACUGAAUUGUUUAAGUUUAUUAGAAAUCAGACAAUAAACAAACAAACAAAAAGAUAAUAGCUGUGUGAUGUGACCACCAGAGGUUGUUGUUGGGUGUGUGUGUGUGUGUGUGUGUGUGUGUGUGUGUGCGUGCGUGCGUUGUUAGGUCAUAUGCUUAUGUUAGUGUAUGCAUGCAUGUGCUGUUAUGCCUUCACGUGUGUAUGUGUGUGUGUGUGUGUGUGUGUGUAUGUGUGUGUGCGCGUGUUAGCCAUUGUUGUACAUGGUGAUGUACCCCCAUGGCUGUACAUGCAUGUGUUCUUUGCCGUAGGCUUCCCAAAGGAGCGUGCCUUGGGCACUCUUGUUCCCAGGUGAACCCACCAAAAAACACGAUGUCCUGUAAUAAAGGGGAUUCCCGACAGUCAAACAAAGAAAAUCACUUGCAAGGGGCAGAGGCCAUGGUGCUUGAGAGUGUGAUGUUUGCGAUCUUGGCAGAGAGGGAGUUGGGACCUAAACUCUACGGUAUCUUCCCUCAGGGCCGACUGGAGCAGUAUGUUCCUAGCCGUAAACUGGACACCUGUGAGUUAAGUGACCCUAGUAUCUCAGCGGAGGUUGCAGAGAAGAUGGCCAAGUUUCAUGCAAUGAGAAUGCCUUUCAACAAGGAACCCAAGUGGCUGUUUGGUACCAUGGACAAGUACCUGAGACAAGUCAUGAAGCUCAACUUCACCAGAGAGUCCCACCUGCGUCGUUUCAACCGCCUGCUCAGCUACAACCUGCCUCAGGAGAUGGAUAUGCUCAAGUCUCUGCUGGACUCCACCCAUGCUCCUGUGGUAUUCUGCCACAACGAUUGCCAGGAAGGGAACAUCCUGCUUCUGAAGGGCCGCCAGAGCUCAGAUAAACAGAAGCUGAUGCUCAUUGACUUUGAGUACAGCAGCUACAACUACAGGGGAUUUGAUAUCGGCAACCAUUUUUGCGAAUGGAUGUACGACUACACCUGUGAAGAGUUUCCUUUCUUCAAAGUGAAUGCUCAGGCCUACCCCUCAAAGGCCCAGCAGCUCCACUUCAUUGAAAACUACCUGAGUGAGUCUGACCAAGGGUUUGACAACCUGAGUGAAGAGGACCAAAUGAAACUCAAGGAGGAGCUGUAUGUGGAGGUCAACAGGUUCGCUCUGGCAUCCCACUUCUUCUGGGGCUUGUGGUCCAUCAUUCAGGCCCGGCUCUCUACCAUCAAGUUUGGAUACCUGGAGUACGCCAUGGCCAGAUUUGAAGCCUACUUCCAGCAGAAGAAGAUCUGGGCUGUCUAAUGGAAUGAGAUGAUUGGAUAGAUUGACAACAUGUUAAGCCAAACGGCAGGGGGAGGAAGUAGUGGCUGAUAAAGAUUCCACAAUACAUGCUUUACUUACACUCCCUGCCUUGAGAGUAUUUGCUGGCUGCUGUUGGUGAUGCGUUGACCAAAGCCAAAACUUGAUCACAUGGCUAGGUGCUUAAAGUACACCCCUAAAUCCAUUGCAGCUCAAAAUUUACACUGCGUAACUCCCUGAGAGCCAAAAAAAGAGAAAACAUCGAUUGUACUAACCUUCAUCACUGGUGAGAACUGCUCUCUGCUUCUGCCUUGUUUGAACCAUACCACUAACACAAGGGUUACGUUUGGAGCUGGAGAAAGGUGGAUUUCGGUUACAGCUAGGUUGGAAAUGUUAACAUUGCAUCAAUGUAUAUGGAUUGAUCAUUCCUUUAUGGAAAUGCUCUGUGGGAAAGAACCAAAAUGUGAACUUCUCUUGGUAGGUUCCUGCUUACUUAAGCAGCCAGCUGCUAACUAUGUAUAUUAUAUAUAGAUCUCAAUGUGCCAGUAACCUGGCCCUAUCUGUUACUGAUGGGCUGGCUUGUUGGCUGGUGGAAUCUUGACUUGAUCAACAGGUCAAAUCGACGUCUACACUUUUAGAUAUUACACACUUGAUAUUUGUUCUAUUUUCUUUUUUUAAACAGCUGUAUUUAAUAUUGCCAGGGCAUCCGAUUAUGUUGUAUUUACAUGUAUGUAAACAGUUGAGGUUCCUUUUUCUGUGUUAAACUCCACCAAAUCAAAAUCAAAGUUAUCAAACUUCAGGUAUUCCCCUUACAGAUUUGCCUGGCUUCCUUGUUAACAAAGCCCUUACAUUGAUGAGCUUUUCGUAAGCGUCUGUACAGAGGUGUGAUAGGUUUAUGGUAUUAAUAUGGAUCACUGGGACAAGUAAAUUCACACCUUUGUCUAGUUUAUCCAUUGGAUAUGUUCAAAGAGACAUUCCAGUUAUACUCUAUGACCAUAAUUUUGCAUUGAAGAAAAACUUGAUACAGUAUAUUUUGGGUGCUUAUUGUGGUUAUGGAUUCUUUGAUGACGUCACUGUUUUUCUGGCACAAGUGCCUCCUGCUGGGUUGCCUCAUCAUGGUACCCAUAAUCCAGAAUAACGACAGAGGCAGACAGACCAUACAAUACAGCUGAAUUUUGCACAGAUUACUUUAAAUAAAUUGCAGUUGCAGCUGUGUAGCAACUCUAUAAAAAGGCCAAUUGGUAAAAUGUGGGUUUAACCAUAUAUAUCAUUGACAAAGAGCACUCUUUGCUGCUGAGAACUGAAUCAUUGGUGUUAAUCAUUUUGUCAACCUCCCCCCAACAAACACUGGCUCAUAAAAUGGUCUUUUGUAGCAGGAUAAAAGUCUUACUUAAUGCACAUUAACAAAGGAAUUCAGUACUGAGAUAGAGAGACACUGUGCUUUGUGUGCGCCAGGCUUACCUCAUAGGUUCUGCUUUCAGGCUUUCUCAUACACAGUGGGAUAAUUGUUCAAAAUUGUUCAAAAUGAGCGAUGGUGAGAGUGAAAACUAUGACUAAUCUGUCCUGCUCAUCCAAACAUCCUGAGACCAGCUCAAUUCUACCUCACCAGAGCAAGUUAUAACAUGUGCACCAAACUCGCAAGAACUAUACUAUUACACCCAGAUACACAUAUUUAUCAUCUGCUGCUAGGACAGCCUUAACCUUGCCUUUAAAUGAGACAUUGCUAUGUUUAAUUUUAGUUCAUUUUUUUGUGUGGCACUUGUCACAGUUGUUGAAAAACUGCUUUUUUGUAUUGUUAGCAUUUCUUUUUUCACUCUAAUUGGUACCCCUGACCAUGGGCUUGUCAUUACAGUAGCAAUGACUAUUAGAUUUAUUUAAAAAUGUUAACAAUGGCAGCAGAGCUUUCCAUGAUUGGUGUCAACUGUCUACACUUUUUUCAUAUUUUCAGUAUUUGGAGGGUACAAUACCCAGUAGAAAACAUCGAGACUAAAAUUGACCUUUUGCUAAGUCCCAACCCAUUCGUCACUUUUACUCAAUCGACGACUUCUACGUCAAGCUUUCCAUUCUCACACACAUAUUCAGUUUACAAUAAUAGGACAGAUCUAACACUUAAAUUUCUCAAUUCUUAAUUCUUUGCUGUGUCAGACUUUAAAAAAAAAAGUUUUCCAGCUAACUCCAGAAUUCCAUAAAGCACAUCAUGCUAAAAGCCUAAGAUACAGUUCCAGUAUGAUUCAAUUUAAAAAAAAAAAAAAAAAAAAAGGCUAAAAUACUUCAAAUAUUGCAUUUUUUUUUAAAAUUUUUACAGAGAAAAAACUUUAUGAUGAAGACUAGCCAGUGUGUUUGGAAAACCUAACCCCACGAUAUGUGUUGCUGGUACUGCUAACUUUAGCCUAAAUUCUGAUGGCAUCCAGGACAUGCUUUCAGACAGUGGGAAUCAUGAACAGGGCUUUUUUAAAAUGGAAUCUGUAAAUCCAAAACAUACACUUUUGAUUUUUGGUUUUAGAAAAGGCAAAAACAUCACUAGAACAUGAAGAAAUCCAAAACUUGACAAACCCACUGGUCCUAGCUAUAAUCGGUUGCUAAGCUAUUAUUGGACAAUGGGGAUUUAGCAAAUGGUCAAUUCAAAAGGUCAAUCUAAAUUGUCUCCUCAAGCAAGGAUAUUGCGCAACAUUUGGUUUACUUGUACAAUACUGGGUAGAAACACUUUAUUUGACCCUUAUUUGCCGUAAAAUGUGUGAUUCGUUGUUGCUGUAAAUGCUGUGAAAAGACACAAAAGUAAAUGCAGCUGUGUGACUGUGCUAAUACAAAUGAAAGCUGUGUAAUCACUUCAAAAGUUGACAUGCAUAUUCAUGUUUAUUCCAGUUUAGUUGUAGCACGUAAUACAGCAGGGUAUAUUCCCUGUGUACUUGUGAGCCACUGGGUUUUAACAUCGAAACUACCAAAAACCCUGUGAUUUUGUGACGUGUACAGUAGGCAUUUCCUAAUACUUCUUGCUAUAAUGGCUACACAGUCAUCUUCAACACAAACAGAGCGAACUGAUUCGGAUCACAAAACUUAACAAAUGACUGCACCAGUCACCUGAUACUGGGACCAUCCAGAGGUAUUUGAAUGUCUACUGUGGCACUUUUGAUCUAAGGACUGAAAAAACUAAAUGUACAUUUGGAGGUUGUUUAACUGUGAUUUUUUUAAGUUCUUGAAAUGUUAGUUUUACUUUACAUGCAAGUGUAUUUUGUAUAUUUCAAUGUUAUGUUUCAUUUGGAAUGUGCUCAAUGUAUAGUUUUAUCUUUAUUUGAAAUGAAGGAUGCACCAGCAGAUUGUCCAGUGGAUUUAACUGAACUAUUAUAAAAAUAAAAGUUACUGGUACAUCCUUCAUCUUUAUUUUAGUACCUGUUCUUUUCACAUGGGCAAGCAUUUUUAUCCUCUUUCUACCUAAUAUGACUUUGUGUUUUCUUAUUCAGAAAGUUGUUUUUCUUUUUUGAAAUGUAUCAUUUGCCCUUCCCUUUCACCAUACUCUAUAUCCAACUUAAUUAUCUUGUCCUUGGCCAUGAUUUUAUGUUUUACAUACAAAAUGGACACCAUGAAUCUGUAACUGCUGUACAUUCCAUACUCGUUCAUUACUAUGUACACUCUGGACCAAAAGAACUACUAUUUUAAUCUAAUUGGUUAUUCCAGUAAAAAUGUCAUUUGUCCCUGGUUAAGAAAAAAGAAACACCCUCACUUCUGUUAACACUGUAAUGUAAUAUAUGUUAAAUUCACUAACAACAUAUAUAGAGGGUCAUGCUAUAAAUUAUCCAAAUCUAAAGAAUGGCAAACUUAUACCUUUACCAUUCUAAAUAUUAUUGAGAAUGUACAUUGUGCUAAUGUAUCACUCUUAUUUUUGUGGGGGGG